GGCUUUUUGAAAAUGGACUCUCCCUAUGUGGCGGCACGUUGACAAACCACGAAGCUAGCUAGUUACCAUACUACAAGGCCUCUCUCUGCUCCACAUAUGGACAUGUCGAGCCGAAUUAAGUCAACCAUCAAACUAUAUAUGAGCUUUCGCGGUUUUAAUGGUGUCGCUAGUUAACUCAGCCAAGUGGGAUAAUUAUGCUACAUCAUGAAUGACUUGAUCGUUGUCACUACCUAACUGAACCAGCCAACCAGGGAGCUAACCUCUGAGCGUGUAAACUUCGAGAUAAUUGCCUUUGUCAGAUAGUUCGCGAGUUGAAUCAAAACUAACGUUAGUUUAGCGUAACCAAUUUGGCUAGCAGAACAUUUGGUCGUCACUCCGCUAACGCUGCCUAGCUAGUAUGGAUAACUAGCUAGGUUUGUUAUUGUGACUUGACAGGGUUGGAGGACCGUGAUUAUUUAACUUGGCGUGCUAUUAUUUAGCUGGCUGCUGGGUAGCUAACGUUAUGGAUAACGCAGCUAGGUGACGUUGGCUAACAAUGUCUGAACACUUGUGGUUAUAGCUAGCUAAAUUAUUAAGUUAAAUAUGAAAACGUAACGAUGUUGCAUGUCAGGUUUAGCUAGAGAAUUGGGUAACCGUUAGCUAGUUCGCAAACGUUACGUUAGUUGGCUGCAAUUAAUACUUUUUGCAUGAGCACAAACUGAAAUGGCUUCGCGUUAGACUGCUUCCUUUUCCCUAACUAGCCAAAUUUGCUAUCAGUGGUUUGCGACACGUUAUCAAAAUGUUUAACUAGAUAGAUGUAACGUUAGUCUACCACACCAUGUAAUUUGCUCCUGCACAAAUACUUGCGGACUGCCUUAUUAGUUACCGGAAACGGCUGGCUUAGAAACUCUGUCGCGGUACUCUACCGAAGGAACACGUGUAUCAGCUAGCUAGUUAGUGCUGAAGUCUGCAAUCAGUAGGCUAAUUUAUAAUUUAGCAAUCAGGCCAUGCCAUUGUACGCAGCGGGAGAUUAACGUAAUGUUAGCAGCCAUAGUGUUGUGCAAAGUUGUUAUUCUAACACAGUCAAAGGCGGGAAAUGUGUCAUUACGUGUACACAUUUCACCAUGUAGCCUAUGCUAACUCUCCUCAUACAUUGCACAUGCAAACGAAAAUAAGUAUAAGAUUUCUGGAGACAUGGCCACAGAACAUAUUAAUGGAAAUGGUCCAGAAGAACCAAUGGACACCACUGCUGCAGUUACCCAUUCUGAACACUUCCAGACUUUAUUAGAAGCUGGUUUACCACAGAAAGUUGCUGAAAAACUAGAUGAAAUUUACAUAGCAGGUUUGGUAUCACACAGUGACCUAGAUGAUAGAGCGAUUGAGGCUCUGAAAGAGUUCAACGAAGAAGGUGCUCUGCAAGUUCUGUUGCAGUUCAAGGACAGCGACCUCUCACAUGUUCAGAACAAAAGUGCCUUUCUUUGUGGAGUUAUGAAGACAUAUAGACAGAGGGAGAAACAGGGUACCAAAGUCUCAGACUCCAAUAAAGGACCAGAUGAGGCCAAAAUCAAAGCCCUGCUGGAGAGAACUGGCUAUACGCUCGAUGUAACAACAGGUCAGCGGAAGUAUGGAGGCCCCCCUCCAGAUUCUGCUCACACAGGGGCACAGCCCACAAUUGGUACAGAGAUUUUUGUUGGCAAGAUCCCUAGAGAUCUAUUUGAGGAUGAGCUGGUCCCUCUGUUUGAGAAAGCCGGGCCCAUUUGGGACCUGCGUCUGAUGAUGGACCCCCUCAGUGGCCUGAACAGAGGUUACGCCUUUGUCACUUUCUGCACUAAAGAGGCGGCGCAGGAGGCUGUCAAGCUGUGUAACAACAAUGAAAUUCGACCCGGCAAACACAUUGGUGUGUGCAUCUCUGUGGCCAAUAAUAGACUAUUCGUUGGCUCCAUCCCCAAGAGUAAAACAAAAGAGCAGAUUGUGGAAGAAUUUGCCAAAGUCACGGAGGGUCUUAACGAUGUCAUACUGUACCAUCAGCCAGAAGACAAGAAAAAGAACAGAGGCUUUUGCUUCUUGGAAUAUGAAGACCACAAAACUGCCGCUCAGGCCCGCCGCCGGCUGAUGAGUGGCAAGGUCAAGGUGUGGGCGAACGUGGUGACUGUGGAGUGGGCUGACCCCAUAGAAGACCCUGAUCCUGAGGUCAUGGCCAAGGUGAAAGUGCUGUUUGUCCGAAACCUUGCGAGCACUGUAACGGAGGAAAUACUUGAAAAGGCCUUCAGUCAUUUUGGCAAGUUGGAGCGGGUGAAGAAGCUGAAAGACUACGCCUUCAUCCACUUUGAGGAGAGAGACGGCGCAGUCAAGGCUUUGGCCGACCUGAAUGGGAAAGACCUGGAGGGAGAGCACAUUGAAAUAGUCUUUGCAAAGCCACCUGACCAGAAGAGGAAAGAACGCAAAGCCCAGAGACAAGCGGCUAAGACACAAAUGUAUGACGAUUACUAUUACUACGGCCCACCUCACAUGCCACCUCCCACAAGAGGCAGGGGACGAGGUGGCGGCCGAGGAGGCUACUCUUACCCCCAUGACUACUACGGCUAUGAAGAUUACUACGAUUACUAUGGCUACGACUACCACAACUACCGGGGUGGCUAUGAAGACCCCUACUACGGCUAUGAGGACUUCCAAGCUCCCAGCCGAGGACGAGGAGGAGCCCGAGGCGGAGCCCGUGGUGGUGCCACCCUAUCCUCCCGGGGCCGUGGAGCUGCCACACCCAGGGGCAGAGUGGGUGGCUUUUCUCAGCGAGGUGGAAGUGGCCCUGGAUCGAGCAGAGCAGGGAAAAGGGGUCGAGGCCGGUCCUGACCUGUCACUAUGAAGACUGACUUACUGUGUUGGGUUACACCAGAAGCUGCAAUGGAUACGGAUGGAAAAGUCAGCAAAAUGGUCCAAUAUUCCAGCCUUACAGAAGCAUCUCCCCCAAACUGCCACCUAAACAAUCAGCGGAUUAUUUAGAAAAACUUGCCUCCCCCUGUAUGCCCACACCCCCCAAAAAAUGCCAUUUUAAAUAAUUAUUGAAGAAUUUGCACUUUUUAAGUUUCUUAGUUUGAAGUGGCUCAAAGGAGCUUGAUGCUAUUGUAUAUUUUUGUGCUAAUCACAAUUUUUAUUGUUGGAAUAUCCCUGUUAAUCUUAAUCGUUUGAUUUGGAUGUUUGAAGAGAACAUUUGCAGGUUUUAGGUGUAACCACCUGGCAUGGAUAAGUCAGGCAUUCCAGGAAAGUGGUUCUUUUCAGAACUUGUCUUUUUUAAAGGGUUGGUUAACUACCUCAGUACAGAGGAUUAAACUACCCGGCCUGUACUGUAAAUAGGGAAACUAUAUUGAUGAAAGCAGGGCUUGUUUCCUACAAAAUAUGCACAAGAGCAGCAGCACAACCGAAAGGACUUGCUGCAGCUCUGACAUGGCAAACAGUCAAACUGGGCAUGCAAAAAUAAUCUCAUAUGAUGAGCCUGAACAAGCCCUGCUUUUAUCCUAUUUUGAACUGAAUAAGCCACCUUGCUUCUUCAGAUUAUUGUAGUUACUGGUUGUAUAGUUUGGAAAAUGUUACUUUUGUAAAGGCUUGAACAUCAAGAAGGGUGUCAACUGCCUUUGAAAAAGCCCUGCAGUGUCCCUUUGCCACUCCCAAUGAUUUUUUUUAUUGUUUUUAGAAUAGAUCAGAAUUAUGUUCAGUACCACCCCCUUUACUGUAAAAUAAAUAUCCCAAUCAUGUGACAUCUUGAAUGAUCCCUCUAACUCUAAGCCAGCUACUAUGUAAUCAAGUCUUUUGAUUAAAAAGGAAUUGCCAUACUGCCCAGCCAGCGAGCAUGUGUGCCUGUAGCUGUUUUGAAGGGGGUCGUGAUCAUACAGUGGUAAAAGGGAUACUGCAGCUGUUAUUCGUAUUCCAUGUAUAGCGAAAAGGAGACUGAACUAUUCAUCCGGUUUUGUACACUGUUAACUCCCUCAAUAAAAUAAUUACAACCACCUUUUGAAAAAAUGUUAGCAGUUUUAAACUAUUGUUGGUGGCCAACCACGUUUUUGCAUUCCUGCAAAUAAAUUGUUUUAUACUGUAAAAUGGAGGUGAGUGUAACUUAUUUUUGUAAUAAAGUUUUUGAUUU